CUAGAAUUGUACUUGAACUUUAAAGAUAAACUUAAACUUAACAACAAUCUACAAAUAAGUAUUAUACUUAAAAUAUUUUGCUCAAAUAAAAAUCAUAAAAACCAACAAAAAAUAGUUUACACAGCAGGAAUUAAUCCAACUAACAAAAAUAAAAUUAAAAAUAAAAAUAAAAACUGUUCGGCCUCUGAAUGUAAACUAUACAGCGUGUGGAGUUUGCAUACGCUGUAGUAGUAGAUUAUGUGGGUGGAGGACAAAAACAACAAAAGGAUUAAAUGUUUGAAAGGGAGAAUUUGGUUGUUGUGGUGUUCGCCACUUUACAACAGAUUUAUUGCCAACGCUUUCUCCUAACUACAUUUUCCCAAAUAUUUUUAUUAAUAUAUUCCUCAAUUGCUGAUAAUAAUAAUAAUUAUCAAAAAAAUCCUCCAAAUAUGUUUGGCUGUUCCCUUCCAACUGGAACACCCAUGUGUUGUUCUGGAAGGAAUUCAAGUUGUAAAUCAAUGGAAUACCCGGCACAAUCUACAAUUUAUAGAUUCAACAUUAAUCCCUCCGACAUUUCACCUGUUUACUGCCGACCAAAAAGACAAAUUUAUUCUCAAACUGUUUUAAACAAUUCUUUUAUUUUACAAAAUUUAAUUACUAAAAAUAAUGCAACUACAAAUAAUGAAUCAGCAGCAUUGGAAUUACAACUUGAAAAUACCAGAAUAGGUUUUACAAACAUUUUACCCGGUUUAGUUGCUAUCUCACCUUCUGGUCAACAAUUAUUAAAUAAACUUGGAAUAAAUAAUUUAAAUGAAAGGAAUUUACGUCUUUUUGAAAUUACAAAACCAAAGAAAAGAAGAAAAGGAAGGAGGAGAAAACGUCUUUCAAAAGGGCAGGAUGAAUUAAUUAUUGAGAAUCAGAUUCCCCAACAAUUAAAUAAAGAUUAUGUCUUUCAUUUUGGCUGGCCUGUUGAACAUUGGGAUAUUGAGAAUUUUGAUAAAUUAAUUACUGAUGAACAGGGCUGGCCUUUAAUUAGAUACUCACUUCUAAACAAAUAUUUGCCUCUUCGGGUACUUAAACGUAGCCAUACAAUGAACGUUGUUAAAGGCAGACAACAAACUAUUUGGCAUACUUUUAAUGUUGCCGAAGCUCCAAAAGAGUGCUUCUGUGAUCAAAUGUGUGUAAAGUAUGGGGAUUGUUGUGGGGAUUAUGCUUAUCGAUGUCCUGCUGUUGAUUGUCUCAUCUCCCAAUGGACUUCUUGGUCCGAUUGUUUUGUUGAAAUGCCAGAAGCAAAUUGCGGUUUAGGGUUUCGUGAAAGACAUCGACAGGUGUUGAACCAGGCAGAAAAUGGUGGUAUAGAAUGCCCAUCUUCAUUAACACAACAAAUUGGGUGUUUCAAACAAUGCGAGGCUAACAUAGAGGAGAGGGUAGAUUUGGGAGAGGAGGAGGAAUAUACAAGGCCAGAUGUAACAACGGUUGCCUUAUUGCUUGACUACCGCUUUAAUAAAUCAAGAAAAUUUCUUCCUCGUCAUUUGAAGAAAACGCAAAUUGGAUUUAAUAGAAGACGAAUGAAAGGGCAAUAUAAAAAUUAUUGUGUUAUUUACACAAUUGAAUGGUUAAAUCGUAAUUGUAUUGAAAAGGAAUGGAGUGAGAAAUUAUCGGCCAAAAAACGAAUUUGUGGGGAAUGCCAACCUGAAGCACAAUAUCACAGACCUAGAGAACGUUAUCUAGAAGAUGGCCAAACCGGCUUCUGGAAACUUAUCGGCCCAACAUCUUGUUAUGGCAUUUGGCGAAGACAUUAUUCAGAUUCAAAUGACUGUAAUUGUUCUCAAAGUUAUCCCCAAUUUGAGCCAUUCUUGCUAGUUUAG